AUGAUACACACUUACCCAUUGAUACCGAGCAGUGGUAAUACCCAGCUACGCGUCUUCAGCGGUAUUCCCGACUGCGAUUAUCGCUUCAGUACGAACCUCGGAGCCCGGGAGAGCUUCACCUUAAGGGGGCUGGACUUCUACUAUUCGGGUAGCGUGGCGACGAGCACCGACGGUACCUUCCAGUUAACAUACACCGUGGAGAGUCUAACUGAGGGUUGCGUAAUCCUGGAGGGCGGAACCCAGCAGUUGUAUGAGGCCACCGCCCACUCACUUUUCCUGCGACCUUCGCACGCCAUCACUAAGUAUUGGUACGAAGACGAGGUGCAGAAGUCGAAUCGCUCGUGGGCUUUUGUGCGAAACCUGGCGAAUCUCUUGGCCACCACGCGUGUGGUUUGGCGGGAGGAUUCCGGGGAUACGGUGGCCCUGGAUUUACCCGCCCGCAAUCACGAUCUCUACGAGCUAAGUACGGGCGAUUACAACGUUCAGGUGGCGGAUCACAAUCUUACAAGCAUAGAGUUACGCGCUGGAGGCGUUUACGCCCUGCUGAUCGGCCAGAGUCACGGGACAUUCGUAUCGCGACUCAUCGAGGUGACCAGCCCCAAUUCGAUGCACAUGCUCUGGCUGGUGCCGCAGUACGUGGUAAUGACCCUCGGCGAGGUGAUGUUCUCGGUGACGGGACUGGAGUUCUCCUACUCCCAGUCGCCGCCAAGCAUGAAGAGUGUCCUGCAGGCCUGUUGGCUGCUAACGGUGGCCUUCGGCAACGUCAUCGUCGUGGUUGUGGCGGAACUCAAGUUCUUCGACUCGCAAGCCAGCGAGUUCUUCCUGUUCGCCGGCCUCAUGUUCGUCGACAUGCUGGUCUUCAUGUUCGUGGCCUACUACUAUAAGCCAUAUGAUGAGGUGGCUGCCCUGGUGCAGAGGGUAAGGGCUAGACGGGAACGGAAAUGGCAGGAUCUCGACCGAUUUAAGAGGGACUAGGAGUACGGAUGCCUGCUUGUCAUUUGAAUCUGUGCGCUUAUUGUAUCCUUAUGUGUAGUUCUUUUACGAUACGAAAUAAAUAUCCCAAAAAUACGGCAAAACAAAGACUUUUUAAU